AUGGCCUAUAACGGCCAGUAUGGAGGAGGACCUGGAGGAGGGUAUGGUGGAGGACCUGGGCAGCAACGACCGCCGCCGCAAAGACAAUAUCCGCCCGGGCCUGGAGGACCACAGCAGUACAAUGGGCCUCCUCCACCACAGCAGCAGCAGUACAAUGGGCCGCCUCCUCAGCAACAACAGCAGUAUGAUCAGUAUCAAGAGGACUAUGACUAUGGCUACGACGACUAUGGGAACGGAAACGGUUAUGACCAGGGCUAUGAUGGUCAAUACAACGAUAAUUACGGACGAGGAGGACCUCCGCCGAACCAAGGCUACCCGCAGCAAGAUUAUUACGAACCAGGACCAAAUGGAUCCCCGGGUCCUAACGGACCUAAUGGUUAUGGAAGGGGCGGACCACCAAUGCGAGGCGGAAGAGGCGGACCUAUGAGACCUGCCCCAGGCGGCGGCCGAGGAGGCCCCUAUCCUCCUCGUGGAGGUGGAUAUGGUCCUGGUCCGGGAGGCCCUGGGAGAGGUUAUCCCCCUCAAGGACGUCCUGGCCCGCUUGAAAGGGGUCCCAAUUCAGACCCAACUGCAAAUCGGGGACCACCAAUGAAUCCAGGAGGAAGCAACGGACCCUUUCCCGCAUUCCCAGGAGCUCACGCAAAGUCAGAUCUCGCUCAGGAACAGGAAAUUGUGGCUCAAAUUGAGGGCGUCAAUCUGUCUGGAGGAUCAAGAGCAGGACCACGGGGUCCAAGUGGUCCCAGUCCACAACGAGGACCUGGACCGAUGCGCCCCCCCAAUGGGUAUGGAGGACCUAUGAGUCCCCCUCGAGGACCCCCGCAACCACAUCGUGGUCAGGAGUAUACCGAUCAACGGCGUGGACCUCCUCCUGGACCCCCCGGGCCUCUUGGACAUGGUUAUGGACAGCAGCCCGGUGGAUACGGAGACGAAAACUUUGGGCCUCCAGGACGCAGCAUGACAAUGCCCGCAAGAGAACCAAUGGAUAUGCGCCAUCCAGGACCUCCUCCACGGCGUGAUAGUGCUCCUUAUAACGGGCCGAUUGGACCCGGUGGACGUGGGGGCGGUAUACUACAGAGACCGAGCACUGCGCAAAGCAUGCGCGCACCGCGAGGUUAUCCUCCCGUCGACGCCCCUCCUUUACCUCAGAACAAUUUCCAAGAUGCUCAGUACAGGAAUCCUCCCGAUUCGGGUUAUGGAGGCCCAGGUCCAGGUCAGGGUCAGGGUCAGGACCGUCCUGCGUCUGUCGAUGACUUUUACGAUUAUUAUGGCACCAAUGAAGAGUAUCCGGCUCAGAACCCACCAUCAGCAUUGGCUCGAUCAGAACUCCCAGACUUUGAAUCCAUACGCCAACAACAGCCAAGGAACUCGUUUGAUCAGCACAUGCAGCAUGGACUACCAGAGCAGCCUCGAAACGGGCCGGGUCGACAGCCUGAGGUUAGCAGAGCCAAAUCUCAGCCUGAUCUGCGUAACUCGCAAACUGCUGUGUUCGAAAUGGCGGGCGAUAUCCCUCCUCUCCCUACACAAAGACAACCACCGCAGCAGCUAGGCCCACAUCAACAAGGCUCGUUCGAUGGGCCCCCGAACUUCUCACGAGGUCCUGGUCCAUCACAAACCGGAUCACCUGGGCCUGGCCACCUACCACCUGGCCCAACUCCAUACAGGCCAGGACAGUCGCCUCUUACACAAACUGGCAACAGUAGUGACAGUCUACCUUCGCAUCCUGCACCCGUCCGUCCUGGGCAUAUGGCUGGAUCUAUGGUGAAUUUGAGUGACCGUCCUCCACCGGUAAGGAAUUAUAGUGGGGUAAACAACAACAACGGUAUACCACCAUAUGGAGGCAACACGCCCACACCGCCUGCAGGAGGUUAUCCUCCCCAGCAACCUCAGGGUCAGUUUGGCGGUAACCAAACACCUGCUCAGCCAGCUGGUAACCCACCUCCAGCAAAGCCCGUGGAGGAGCCCGUGACAGUACAAGAACUUGAACACCUUCGAGCAGUGAUCAAGAACGAUGCAAACGAUCAAGCAUCGGCUCUUCGUCUCGCCAAACGUCUGGUGGAAGCGUCGGACGUGCUUGUCCCCAACCUCCCAGAUCCCAAGGCUCGCGCCCGAUCACGCGAAAGAUUCUUAGUUGAUGCCAACAAGAUUCUUCGCAAACUCGAGAAAGCCAACAACCCCGAAGCGAUGUUUUUCUUGGCCGACUGUCUUGGCCGUGGUCUGUUUGGCAGCGAGCCGGAUAAUGCUCACGCUUUCUCGCUCUACCAGUCAGCAGCCAAACUUGGCCAUGCAGCAGCAGCCUAUCGCACGGCCGUGUGCUGCGAGAUUGGCAACGACGAAGGAGGUGGCACCCGCAAGGACCCAGUCAAGGCCUUUCAGUGGUACAAGCGUGCAGCUACUCUGGGUGACACCCCAGCCAUGUACAAGGUCGGCAUGAUCCUGCUCAAGGGACUGCUUGGUCAACCGCGCAAUCCUCGCGAGGCAAUCAGCUGGCUUAAGCGCGCUGCUGAGAGAGCCGACGCCGAGAACCCGCAUGCACUUCACGAACUGGCGCUGCUUUAUGAGAGCGCGGAGCCGAAUGAUGUGAUUAUUCGGGAUGAGGCAUAUGCUUUCCAGCUGUUCAAACAAGCGGCAGAGCUGGGUUACAAGUUCAGUCAGUUUAGACUGGGGUGCUGUUACGAGUAUGGGUUGUUGGGGUGCCCGAUUGAUCCGCGAAUGUCGAUAAUGUGGUAUUCGCGUGCGGCAAUGCAGGAGGAGCACCAGAGCGAACUGUGCUUGUCGGGAUGGUAUCUUACUGGAAGCGAGGGGGUGCUGCAGCAGAGCGAUACUGAGGCGUACCUGUGGGCGAGAAAGGCGGCGAUGGCGGGGCUGGCCAAGGCAGAGUAUGCGAUGGGGUACUUCACCGAGGUGGGGAUCGGUGUUCAGGCCAAUAUGGAGGAUGCGAAAAGAUGGUACUGGAGGGCUGCUGCUCAGGAUUUCCCCAAGGCGAGGCAACGGUUGGAGGAUCUGAAGAGGUCAGGCAAGAAUAGUCAACCGAGGGCGAGAGAGAGGAUAUCGAGAAGUAAGGUUGGGAAGCAGCAGGAGGGGGAGUGCUUGGUGAUGUAGAUGGGGAUAAUGCAAUAGCACGGGUUUGCUUUGCAACAUUAAAUGGUAGUUAGGAGGGAUCCGCUGAAGAGCAAAUUCUAUUCUUGGUUUGUUAAGAGGGACUUGACAUUGGGUUUGGCAUAAGGGGUAAUGGAUGCUGAGCAUAUGGGCGAGAAAAUGAUGUGUAAUUCAGACCAAGAAUAAUGGCAUGAUGGACAGGAUAGGUUGUUCGGAGUGAAUGGUGAUGAUCAAACCCGUGCUGUGUAUGAUUCAGCAUGACUGAAGUCUACCUACAUAUGUGAAGCUUUUCUAGGAC